GGGGAGUAAACGCUUCAACCAACGAGGGAGUACACGCUUCGACCAACGGGGGAGUAAACGCUUCAACCAACGAGGGAGUACACGCUUCGACCAACGGGGGAGUAAACGCUUCAACCAACGAGGGAGUACACGCUUCGACCAACGGGGGAGUAGACACUUCGGCUGGUGAGAAAGAAGGCCCGACCAGCGAGGAAGAUGCCUCGACGACACCACCGGAGUACAAACGCCAAAAAGAUGAUACGGGGAUAACGAACACAAAGGAUAUUAUAAUUGCAAUAAUGGGGCCAACCGGCGCUGGGAAAAGUUCGUUCAUAGACAAAGCCACGGAAAGUACGGGCAAGGGUGUUGGGCAUGACUUACGGUCGUGCACAAGCGAGAUCAAGGUUACUAGGUGUGCGGUUGAAAGAUCUAACGUGGUUCUAGUAGACACUCCCGGGUUCGAUGAUACGACGAAAUCCGACUUGGAAAUCCUGGAAAUGAUAUCUAACUGGCUGAACCAAGAAUACCAGACGGGGACCAUGCUUUCGGCCAUUCUUUACUUUCAUCGCAUAUCGGACAAUCGCAUGGCUGGAACCCCACUGAAGAACCUUCGAGUCUUCCAAAAGUUAUGCGGGAAAAACGCUAUGCCUAAGGUUGUCUUGGUCACCACUAUGUGGGAUGAAGUGGAUGACGAAGUCGGCGAGCAGAGGCUGGCAGAGCUCCAAGAUAGUUAUUGGAAGGCGAUGAUGUCGCGAGGGUCCACGACGAGAAAGUAUCUGAACACUCGAGAGUCAGCCGUGGAAUUACUUGGGUUCAUUGUACAGCAGGAGAGAGCGCAAGAGGGAGUCCGGCUGCAAGAGGAAAUUUCGGACAUGAAUUUGGAGUUACGUGAGACUGCCGCCGGGCGCGUGUUGUGUUCUACUCUGGAGGAUCUCGCAAAGAAGCGGAUGGAGGCCCUUCGAAGAAUUCAAGCAGAGAACAAAGGAGCGGACGAGAAGACUUCAGAAGACCUCUGGAAAGAAUACGCUCAAGUGAAGGCUCAACUCGAUUCUGCUUUGACCGAGGCGAGAGCAUUGAGGAUGUCGCUCAGGCAACGCUUAAACAAAGGCAUUCGCGCAGCGUGGAGAAGUGAGUUAAUUGUCCCUCCCGUUACGGCAGUGUAAACUUCUGCGUUCCUUACAGGAAUGGGUGAAAUGAAACCCAAGAGUCGAAAAUCUGGGAUGCGGCAGGCGGAUUCAUAAUACUUUUUGCACCUGUGGCCCGAUUGUUUUUGGGUACCAUAUUCCACUCUAUUAUAUUGACCGACCUCAAACUAUCGCGUCGUAUAAAAGAUCUUCGAGUGGAUUGACACAAGGACGGUGGAAUAAUAUUCACUGCGGAAACAAGAUUCUUUCAAUACAGUAAUUAGAUCGUGCUAGAGUAGCUGCCCAUACUAAAAACAUAUGUCAGGAAAAUGUCA